UCAGCCUGUGGGCUAGUCAGGGGCUGGGAGGGCUACCCCACUGCGGCAAAGGGCCUGGCUGUGGGGAAGAGAGAGGCUGGUUCCGGGUUUAGCCCCAGGCAAGCAGAUCCCCGUGUCUCCUCAAGUGCUCCCCAAGGGCACCUGCCUAGAGGGCUGGAGCCCAGCUUCUGCCCUACACCCCAAAUGUGUGCACUGUCCGACUCCCUGGUGGUGUGCGAGGUGGACCCUGAGCUAAAGGAAAAGCUGAGAAAAUUUCGCUUCAGAAAAGAGACGGACAAUGCAGCCAUAAUAAUGAAGGUGGACAAAGACCGGCAGAUGGUGGUGCUCGAGGAAGAAUUUCAGAACAUUUCUCCAGACGAACUAAAAACAGAGUUGCCAGAGAGACAGCCCAGGUUCGUGGUUUACAGCUACAAGUACGUGCAUGAGGACGGCCGAGUGUCCUACCCUUUGUGCUUCAUCUUCUCCAGCCCCGUGGGCUGCAAGCCUGAACAGCAGAUGAUGUAUGCAGGGAGUAAAAACAGACUGGUGCAGACUGCAGAACUCACAAAGGUGUUUGAAAUCCGCACCACUGAUGAUCUCACGGAGGCCUGGCUCCAAGAGAAGUUGUCUUUCUUUCGUUGACCUCUGGGCUGGAGAACUGGAUUCCUGAUGUUGGAGUCCCUGAAGAAACUGGGAACUGGGACCCCUAGAACCUGAACGUCUGAGAACCGGCAGAAAUUAAAAUGCAAGAACUCAGAGAUCCUCA